UCUAGUUCUGAUAAUUAUACAAUUUUUACAAUUUUGUGUAGAUCUAGAUUCUAGAGUCUAAAUUUAAUUUAAAAUUAGAAAUUAGACUAAAUCUAGACUAUUCUAGACUAUUUCUAUUCUAGACUCGAGACUGUAGACAUGAUCAUGAUCAUUCGUGAUGUCAUGAUGAUGAUCUAUUCUAGAUUAAUCUAGAUCUAUAAUAAUAUAUAUAAUAUCAUACCUUUUUUUAUAAUAAUGAUAAUGAUCUUUUAGACACAAUUGACUGAGUCUGAAUUGAAGUUUUAGUAAGACUAAGUCUAAUUUAAGCCUAAGGCCUAAGGCUUAGUGGCUAAGCUAAGGACAUAGUCAUAUUAUCCAUUAAUUGCAUUACUACCUCAUAUAUAAGAGAACUGAAUUUGUUUAACAUAAGAUGGAUGACACACAUUAUCCAGGGGUAUCUCUAAAUGAAUUGACCUUUGAAAUAAAUGAGGAGGAAUUUUCAAUUAAGCUUAGACCUGCCCCAGAUAAUCCAAAUCUUCCAUGCAACAAUGCUAAGGUUAACACAGAAACAUUUCUUAGUCAGAAAAAUGAAAAUCACUUCACAAAUAUACACAAUGAACAGACUCAAUUAUUAGACUUUGAAGACUGCAAUAUGGAAAUUCUGAAUCAAACACUCUUGAAAAACAGAGAUAAUGAUUCAGAAUUUGAAUUUGAUUUUCCAGAGACAUGCAAUCCCAAUGUUACAGAAACAAUAGACUUAAGGCCUACUAGUUUUACCAGUGUAUUAAAAAUAGAAGAAAAGAUUGUUCCUAAAGAUGAACCAGCAACUGAAGCAAGCAGCAAUGUACAAGUCAAUACAUAUUUUAAUCAAACUAAUAUUGUAGAAUACCAGGAUAAUGAAAAGAAGGAGCAAGAAUCAACAAAAAUGGAAUUGCUUACUUCAUUUGCAGAUGAGUGGGAUAAUAUACAGACUAUACAGCCUGAAAUUUUACAAACAGAUGCACAACCAAAAGGUUCUUCUGCUGAAUUUGUGUCAAAACCAUUGGUUACAUUCAGUCAGAUCUGGCCACAGUUUGAGUCACUUGAUUAUUCACCAGUUAAAAGUCAAAUAAAACCAACAGUUGAGCGCCAAGGAUUAUCUGCUUUUCUCCAUCUAUUAUUUGGACCUCCAAAAUUACACAGAGAUCUAAUGCAUCAAAGAGAUCUUCUGUUUUGUAUAGCUGCCACCUCAUUCCAGAAUGACAAUCCAAUCCACAAUCAAGUUUUACAAACUAUUUACCGCUGUCUGACUGGCUCCAAAUUUGAUUGUCCACGUUUCGGCAAUCACUGGGAAGAAAUAGGCUUUCAAGGUCAGGAUCCUGCCACAGAUCUUCGUGGAGGUGGAAUGCUUGCAUUGUUAAAUAUUUUGUUUUUAUUAAGAGAUUCCAGUACAAAGGAACUUGCUAGAGAAAUCUAUAAACUUUCAUUGCAUCCUACUCAGAACUUUCCAUUUUGUAUCAUGGGUAUUAACCUGACAAGAAUUUGUUUACAAGUUUUGCGAGAGGAAAUAUUUAACAAGGAAUGUAAUAAAAAUAAAGAUGUCAUCCACACUAUCAACUGUGUUUAUGCAUCUCUCUUUUUUUAUUUAUAUAACAAAUGGAGAACAGGAAAAACUAUAGCAGAUUCUGGAUUUAUAUUACAGGAAACUGAACUGUAUGCGCACAAACAUCCUAAAGCUGUCUUCAAGGAUUUCAACCUCAUUAAGAACCUAAAUAAGCAAAACAGUAGCCUAGAUGAAUCUCAUGAACAUUUGACAUUUUUCAGUGUUUGUAAUAAAGAAGCACCGAAUGAUAAAACCGCAGCAGAACUAUAUUAAAGCCUUCAAAACUAAUACAGAAAAAAUAUGGAAACAAAAAAGAUACCGGUAAAUAAAAUGUAUGAAAAUAAAAAAUAGAAAGAAAAGAUUUGGGAGGAUCACAGGUUUUUAUGCCUCUUUGAAUACAGAACUUUGAUUUCUAUAAUUGAACUUUGAAUAAAUCUGUUUUUCAUUGAAACCAUCAUCUACUUUUAUCCUUUCCAAUUCUUUCUGGAAGCUUUGGUAUCAAAGGCUUGUACCACAGUCUUGGAGGUGGUCAAUAAAAUACUUCAAUCAAUUGAGAGAAGCAUAAUUUCCUUAUGAAAUAUAACUGGAACCUAAAUGCAGUCUUCUUAACUGAGUCCAAAACAGAAUAUUUGAAGUUAAGGUCUCAUAAGGACUAGCAGAGAAAUCCUCUUAUUUCUGAUGGCUUGGAGGAAAAGCAUAUACAAAACAAUGAUUUAUAGAUGCUAAUAGAAUUACACAUAAAUAUAUAGAUUUACAGAAAAUGUCAUAAACAUCGUUAAACUCUGAUUUAGAUCUAUGUGCAAUAUCUCUUUUGUACACAUAUAUUUAAAAGAAUCAUUUGUGAUAAUGAAAAGAAUUGAUUUGUGAUACAUUUUAAUUUUGUGUGUGUGUGUACUGAAGUACAAAUCUAAAAUUGUAUAUAAUUUUUAGUGCUUAUAGUCAAAUGGUUAAUUUUUGUUUCUGACAAAAGCUAAAAGAUGAGAAAUAUUGAAAAGUUGGUUAUUUUUUUAUAUUACUAUGUGAUCCAAAACACAGAUUUUUUUUUUGCUAUCUGAUGGGCUGUAAACACUGGUAAAAUGUAUCAAUUACCAUUAAGUAUUUUAUCUAAAUGUUGAUUUAACUUUUAUAUUAUCAAAUUAAAAAAAAAAAUAUUUUACUAUCCAUGUCAAUGAAUUUCAUUAUUCAUUUAAAAAAAUAAAAAGUUUCCCAUUCAGACCAUGUGGUCUAUAGGGCAAAUAGUGUAUAUGUCAUCUGUUUCUGUGGCCAGCAAAAUGACCAUCCGCCUUUAUUUUUCCCCAACUAAUGUCAGGUACUCAUUAGAGCUGGGUGGACUCAGAGGCGCCCUAAAGAUCCUGAAAUAAAAAUCCCAGUCUUCAAACCUGGGACCUUCCGGUUUUAUAAGCCAAGCGCUUUACCAUUCAGCCACAGCGAUUAUUCAUAUAACAUAUAUAAAAUUUUAAAUAUAUUAAAGAUGUAUAAAUUCUAUCAAACAAAAUAUGGUGAUGCUCUGUCACAUUGUUCAUAUCAAAAUAUAUGGACUGUCUGAAAGAUGACUUAGGGAUUUAAGUUGUAUAAACAUUUAUCAUCCAAUCUUUUCCAUUUUUAGAUAUUUUAUAUAUUUAUACAAAGUUUGUUUUUAAAUAUUUAUAAUGGUUUUUGUUUUGUUUUUUACUGUUUAAAAAAAAAUGUUUUUACAUUGCCUUCUGAUCAUUAUUUUUCCCAUAAUCAAAACUUAAUAAGAAUCUUUCAUUUCGAAACUUUUAGAUAGUUAGUAUUAUUCUAAAUCUACAAAAUUCAUGAUGAACAGUGGUUAAGAAAUAGAUUUAAUUUUCUUUCUAGAUAUUUCCAUUAUUUGACUUUCAAUGAGCCUUAAUUAAAUAUCAUACUAAGAACAGCUGCUGACUGGGAAAAAUGGAGGAUUUUGGUUAGACGAACUGUCACAGACCCCCCCCCCCCCCUUUCCAAGACAAAAGUUCAUUAUUUUAGUCUAUUAUGCUCCUAGACAGUUGAUUAUCUUAGUCUGUUAAGUUCCUAGAUAGUUCUUUUUUUUUGUUUGCAGUUGAGAGCUGCCUGUCCAAUUAAAUAAUUCAGUUUUACAUGGUUAAUCAAGAACCCUAUGUCACAUUUUUGAAGAAUCAUCUAGUCCCUAUUAGUAAAUAUUAAUUGUUUUAACCAUGUACUACUAAGCCUAUAAAAUAUUAAAUACUUUAAAAAAACUUAUCUAAGGUUAGGGUAAACAAUAAAUUAAAUAAAUUAUGUUUUGUUUGGUGUAAUGCACAAAUUGUAAGACAAAUUUCCUAAUGGAUAAUAAAGAUUAUUAUUAUUAUUAUUAUUAUAAGGAAAAGAACACAUUUACAACUAUUUAUCUUAGAAUUUAUUUUCCUUUUCAAUAUAAAAUAAAAUAAUUAAUUACUUAUAGUUUAUUGACAAUUUUGUAAUUGAUUCAUAUUUUGUUUGGUACAACAAAUAACUGUUUUAAGUGUUAACUUGAUCCAAAAAAUGGGUAUUGAAGAAAUGUGUACAAAAACCCAAAUUAAAUAAUUCAUUUCCAGCAAUUAAAAUUUAUUAAUUAAUUGAUUUUUAAAAAUUUAUUCAUGUAUUGUCUUUGCCAAUGAAUAAUUGUGCAAAGUUUGAACUUGAUCAGAGAAUGGAUGUGGGAGAAAUAAGAAAUAAUGUGUUAAAUAUUUUUUUACCGGACAGAGUGGGUUGAUAUUAAGCUUUGUUAAAAGAUUUUUUUUUUUUUUGGGGGGGGGGGGGGGGGGGACGAUUUACUAAAGUUAACACAAUAAAAAAAAUUAAACUCUUUAAUAUUGAAAUGUAAUUUCUUAGUAAAUCACAUGGAUACACAGACCCAGCUGUGACCUACUUAGUUUGUCUCAUCUAUUGCAAAGCUAUUUUCUAUUAUGGUUGAUUUUAAGAGUUCUCUUUUCUCUUCUUUGACAGUAGCUUUCCUUUGGAUCUCAACUUCAUUUCAUGAUAGUUUUAAGGUUAUAGAUGUGUCUCUUUUGGAAACCAUUUUCUGCCAGGGCUUGCUUACAUUUUAGAUGGUCAUUAAACCAUUUACUGCAGGCACCUGUUAUACCAUCAUUUUUUUAAGCUCACAAAAAAAAUAUUUUCUUUGGCAUAUUGUUGUCUGUUGUAAAACAUAAGUGCCCUACCCAGCACAGUUGUUAACACGUAGUACUACCUUUAUACUAUCUAUGUGAUCGUUCUCAUUUUUUUUGUAGUAUAUUUGUGUAGUAUAUAGUAUAUUUGUGUAGUAUAUAGUCUUGCCAAAGAAUGCCCAUAAUGAAGUGUAAUCACCUUUGGUGAUAUUGUUCAAGAAGUCUUAGAUGCUUUCUAAAUAAGGUAAACAUGGAAGACACAUUUUUGACAGUCCAGCAUGCAUACCGCAUUUCCAGGCAGAUUGUCAAAAGGGCUGCAAAAGAUGUUUUUACAUUUCCCUCAACAGUGAUUUGUAAUUUCUGGUUACUAAAAUUUCCUAAUAAGAGAACUAUAUCCACUCUGUCUGUCUGGUAAAAAGUUUUAACACAUUAUUUCUCCCACAUCCAUUCUCUGAUCAAGUUAAAAUUAAUAGAGGCCAUCCACACUAAUUUGUAAAGCUGAGAAAAUUCAAUUUGAGGAAUAAUUAAUCAGCAAAGUCAUUGAAUACUGUAGGUUGCUACUUAUUCUAUCACUAGAGAUUUUCUUUUAAAAAGUAGUUUUUUUUUUAAUUUAUUUGGUGUUCUUAUAAAUUAUUGCUUUAAAUAAUUUAAAUUAAUUAUUUGAGAAAUUUCAGUAUGUAAUAAAAAGUUGAAUAAUCUACAUGUAAAACAUGACACUAACAUUAUCAUGAAAAUCCUAAAAACAAGGUAGAAAAUUGUUUAUUAUAAUAAUUAUUACAUUAGACACAUUCCUGACUUGAAUUUUUAAAAAUAAUAAUAAUAAAAUUUGCAUAUGUCAUGUUCAUCUGAAAAGGUGAAAUUUAUUCAUUCCAGUAUGCAAAGCUAAUGUAUUUAUUACAUUUUUAAAUUUUUUUUAUAUUUGAUUUUAAAUUUCUCCCUGGCAUUGAAAAGUGAGGAUAACUAUAAAAGUUUAUCUAUUGUGUGUGUGUGUAUUUUAAUUUAUUACAAUUGCACAUGUAGUUAGUAAGUUAUAAUUAAUUUUAUUCUAAUCCUGGCUGUGCUAUCUAGUAAUGUACCAUUUCUCUAAUAAUUGUUGACAGGGGCUUGUAACUCUUACAAAGCACUACCUUUGAAAGUAUAAUAGAUACUUAAGUCCUUAGUUUUUGCUAAAAAUGUGUUAAAAAAUAUCUUCCUUAUAAAAACUAAUUUUAAAUUGAUGUCUAUUGUCAAUUGUAAUAAAAUAUCUUAUUAU